AUGCGCGCCUGGGCCGCCUCACUCGUGAGCCUCGCUCUGCUCUGCUCGUGCUCGGCCUUCUCGUGGGAGCACGACGCCGACCACCUCAUCGAGUCGGCGCUCAACAUCACUCGCGGCCACGGCGCGGGAGCACACAGCCGCGAUCUCUACCUCCCACUCGCCGUCACUGUGCUGGCUCCGCCGUUUCCGCAGCUCGACGCGCCGCCCGUCCCACUCGACCCAGCCCGCGAUGUGUCUGGCCCGUACUCACGUCCGCAGGAGGCGAGAGCACCCACCGCCCCCGCGCUUGCGUGCCGCAGGGAGCCAUCGUGA